AAGAAGCUGUGCUUUUGAUCCAGGACCUCCUUGCUGGUAAUAAUACAGACAUGAAUCUGAUCAACAGGUUGGCGUCUAUGAACGUGGCUAAUCCCUUACCUGACAGCAUCACUGAAUGGGGAGUCCUGGCCAUUAGUGCAUCACCCCAUACAGGUUUCUGUGUUGCCGAGCCGUACAAUGUCAGAGCAUGGAAGCGUUUCUUUGUUGACCUGAAGCUGCCAUAUUCAGUGGCGAAGAAUGAACAGGUCGAGAUUAAAGCCGUCAUCCACAACUACGGCUACGACGAACUGCAUGUGAGGGUGGUGUUGAUGAAGACGGAGGGCAUGUGCAGCAUAGCCUUUAAAGACAGACACACACAGGAAGUGACGCUGUCGGCCGGCUCUUCUGUUGUGGUGCCUUACACCAUCGUACCACUGGUGGUGGGGAAACUUCCUCUGGAGGUGAUGGUGGUCGGCAGAGACAUGAUGGGAGGAGACCGCAUCCAGAAACAUUUACGGGUGGUGGUGGAUGGAGUUCAGAAGACUGAAGUAUGGAGUGCAGUGUUGAACCCAGCUGCUGAAGGAGGAGUGCAGACGGUUCGUGUGGGCCAGAUCGAACUAGAGUCAGUUGUGCCGAACUCAGUGCCAGAGACAUUCAUCAAUGUCAGAGGUAAUGUGUUGGCAGACAGCAUUGAUAACUCCAUCAGUGAGGACUCUUUGGCCUCUCUGAUCCAGAUGCCUGGCGGCUGCGUGGAGCAGAACCUGGCCAGCAUUACUCUGCCGCUCAUCGCCACCCUCUACCUGGACCGAACCAGCAGCUGGGACAGUGUAGGGGUGGAGCGCAAGGCUGAGGCUCUCCGGUACAUCAGGAGAGGCUAUGAGAACCAGCUAGCCUACAGAAAGAGUGAUGGCUCGUACCCCCCCUACAGCAGAGAAGGCGCAAGUACAUGGAUCACAGCAUACGUGGUGAAAGUUUUCUCCAUGGCUAACUCCAUCGUUGGCGUCAACGAGCAGCAAGUGUGUGACCCUCUGCUCUACCUGGCGAAGAACAAACAGCGUUUUAGGGGGAACUUCGUAGAGGACAACCCAGUUUACAGCACUACCAUGACUGGUGGUCUCCGUGGCGAUGACCCUGAGACAACCCUGACGGCCUUCGUCCUCAUAGCGCUCGCUGAAGCCAAGCAGGCAGGAAUCAGCUGCAACGAUUUAAACACGAACUUAGAGUUAGUUAUCAGUAAUACAGCUGGAUACCUGAGUAGAGCGCUGGUGAAGACGGGGAGGAGACCGUACACUGUGGCUAUCGCCUCCUAUGCGCUGGCUCUGCUGGGGAAUACUGGACUCUACAACCUGAAACAAAUUUUACUGAGUGCUGCAGCUCGAGGUGGAAGCCACUGGCCUGACAGUCAGAACAGCUUGUUCACCUUGGAGGCGACCGGCUACGCCCUGCUGGCUCUUGUCAAGUUGGGACACCUGGAGGAAGCUGCACAGCCAUUUAAAUGGCUGAACAGCCAGAGGAGGAGAGGAGGCGGCUUCGGCUCCACUCAGUCCACCAUGGUGGUGCUCCAGGCGCUGUCAGAGUACCUGAUUAACAAACCUCCUCCUGUUGACCUCAGUCUGGAUGUGGAUGUAAGGAUAAAAGGACGCAAGGAAAUCCGCUACCAUUUCAACCCCAAGACUGCCUAC